CAUGUGAUCUUUUUGCGUAUAGUCCUUGUGCCGUUUUGUUCCUACUUUACAACGUCGUUUCCAUCAACCUGUGACAAAAGCCGUUGUUUAGUUGAAUCGGGUGUGUUUGUGCUGGGCUGGAACCAAAAUGUGCACACCCAGAGAUAUAUUGAGAAGCACUGGGUUUCUAUGUUAUAUGAGUGCCAUCUGGUGGACGCAAUUAAUACAAUAAUAUUAAUCUAGUUGGCUUGAAUUGAAGUGAGGUAUAGUUUUAACAGCGAGUUGUUUUUUUGUCAUCUAGCCAAUUGUAUUCUCGGCUCACGGGGUUAACUAGCUCUGUGCACUCCAAUCCCCCUUCACUGGUAAAUGCAAACCAAUAUCAUCUUCACUUUGUGAAUAACAUUUUAAUCUACAGUUUAGGCUACAAUUAUGUUGUGAGGUGUAACUUCACUCCUAAAGCAACCACUCUACUGUAGUGUAUGACUUUUUAAAAGCGUGGGAAUCGAGUUACAGUUUCACCUUGUGGGAGAAAAAAAAACGAGCAUAAAUCUCGCGAUAGAUCGAGUCCAACCCCAUUCUUGUCUAUUGUGAGAGUUUUUCUAUUCUCGCGCGAUUUCGUAACUUUCCCACGGCUGUUGUGGCGUCUGCCCUCUGUCCGCCUCUCCUCUCCCUUUUUUUCUACUCUCGUUUAUAUCUGUUCCCGUCGGGGUUCUUCUGUUCGUUGUGUUUGUCCCAGCGGCGGUGGGAAUGGAUUUGAGAUCUCGCGAUUGUUGGAACUUUAGAAGUUCCAGUGGAAAAUGGCGCCCGUUGUGACGGGGAAGUUUGGUGAGCAAGCUCCACCGCAGCGCCUGACGAGAGAGGCCAUGAGAAACUACCUGAAGGAGAGGGGAGACCAGACCUUACUCAUACUACACGCUAAAGUGGCACAGAAGUCUUACGGCAACGAGAAGAGGUUCUUCUGUCCUCCUCCUUGUAUCUAUCUGAUGGGCUGUGGCUGGAAGAAGAAGACAGAGGAGAUGGAGAGAGAGGGCUGUUCAGAGCAGGAGGCUCAGCCCUGUGCCUUUAUAGGGAUAGGAAACAGUGACCAGGAGAUGCAGCAACUCAACAUAGAGGGGAAGGACUUCUGCACAGCUAAGACUCUAUACAUCAGUGACAGUGACAAGAGGAAACACUUCAUGCUGUCAGUCAAGAUGUUCUAUGGUAACAGUACAGACAUAGGAGUCUUCCUUAGUAAGAGGAUCAAAGUUAUCUCUAAACCGUCCAAGAAGAAACAGUCUCUGAAGAACGCUGACCUGUGCAUAGCGUCAGGUACCAAGGUUGCGUUGUUUAACCGGUUGCGUUCUCAGACUGUCAGUACCCGCUACCUACACGUGGAGGGAGGGAACUUCCAUGCCAGUUCACAACAGUGGGGAGCCUUCUACAUACACCUCUUGGAGGAGGAAGAGCCGGAAGGGGAGGAGUUUGCGGUGAGGGAUGGAUACAUCCACUAUGGUCAGACUGUCAAACUGGUCUGUUCUGUCACUGGUAUGGCGCUGCCUAGACUGGUGAUCCGUAAGGUGGACAAGCAGACAGCGUUGAUGGACGCAGACGACCCAGUGUCUCAGCUCCACAAGUGUUCCUUCUACCUGAAAGACACAGAGAGAAUGUACCUCUGUCUCUCACAGGAGAGAAUCAUUCAGUUCCAGGCCACGCCCUGCCCCAAAGAGCCCAGUAAGGAGAUGAUAAACGAUGGAGCCUCCUGGACCAUCAUCAGUACAGACAAGGCAGAGUACACCUUCUACCAGGGGAUGGGUCCUGUACCCUGUCCUGUUACACCGGUCCCUGUGGUGGAGAGUCUACAGUUGAAUGGUGGAGGUGAUGUGGCCAUGUUAGAGCUGACGGGACAGAACUUUGCUCCAGAUCUCCGAGUCUGGUUUGGAGAUAUCGAGGCUGACACCAUGUACAGGUGUGGAGAGAGCGUGCUCUGCGUGGUGCCUGACAUCUCCGCCUUCAGAGAGGGGUGGCGCUGGGUCCGUCAGCCCGUCCAGGUCCCCGUCACCUUGGUCCGCAACGACGGAGUCAUCUACUCCACGGCCCUCACCUUCACCUAUACCCCAGAACCAGGCCCUCGUCUUCACUGCAGCGCUGCCGGAGCCAUCCUCCAGACCCACAGUCACAGUAUCUCCUCUUCCUCAUCCUCACCUUCCUCAGGGAGUCUGGGGAUGGGAGGUUUAGGGGGGUUGGCGGAAGGACAGACGGGCUACGGGAUUGGUCAAGGGGGAGGGUCAACCAAUAGCGUUGGGUUGUUGUCGGGUUCAUCGGUGAUGUCAGUAUCGUCAUAGCAGCGGGGAAGUGUGUGUGUGUGGGGGAGGUGAGAGGCUCAUGGACCUGCUUUGAAACCACCCUCGCUCGCUCAAGGACUCUUUGGAAAGAGAGCGAUUGAGUUGAAGAGGAGAAGAGAAGAAGAGAAGAAGAGAGAUGAGGUUCUGAUGAAAGACAGACCUGGAAGGAGGGGGAUCCCCUCUCUCUUGCGCCCCCGUGUGGUCGGUUGUGGACAUGACACUGCAGCCUGGGUCAUUCAGUCUGGGAGAGGUUUCACCUCCAGGAUGACACAAUAACUAGGAGCCCUUUUUAUACAUUUGUUGGAGAACAACUUUUUAUUUUAUUUUCAACACUCACUCUUUCUACAAAGUUUAGAUACAUUUUUUUUGGGACCCACAACAAAGAGCUUUGGUAAUGAUGGAGAUAUCACUCGUGUGCAGAGAAACGUCAUUAUAUUGUUUUAUGGGUGAAACAUUUAUCAUAGUAACAAUUUUUACGGACCAAGGAAUAUCAUUGUUAUUUUAUUCUUUAUGUUAUUUUAUAAGCUUUAGCCGAGGUACAUUUUUCAAAUGUUUUUUUGUUGUAUUAUAACAUUUUAAGGAGUACACUUUUUGUUACCAAAUAGUUUUUUUCUCCAUCUGAGAGAGAGAGAGAGAGAGAGAGAGAGAGAGAGAGAACUCUGAGGAGAUUGAGUAAUGUGAUUCAGGCUGCGUCUCAAUCGGCCUAAACUGGAUUCCUCCCUUUUAUUAGUGUUGAAAGAGUGACGUGACCUCGGGGUGCUUUGUGCAAGUCUUAAAGUCUGGAAAAGGUCAGGGUUGUAAGUUAUCUGAAUAGGGCAAGAGUUGAAUAAGUGAAAGCAAACUCGAAAGUAGGUUAUCUCUCUCUCUCUCUUUCUACCCCAUCUCUUCCACCUUCUCUGUCCUGUCCGGAUUAAGGAGAGGAAAUUAGGCUUGGUGGUAAAAGGGAGGAAGGAAGCCAUUUUGAGACGGUUGACAUGCACCCCAUAAUCUCAGCCAGUUUCUAUAGCAACCUUAAAUCUUCCUGGCCAAUCGCCUUAAAUUGAUCAGUCUCACCAGACCUUUUUAGAAGAAACGAAAAAAAUAUAUAUCCAUAUAUUUUUUUGGUAUGUUGUGUGUGUAUAUAAGGUUGUCGUUUUGUGAACAUGUCUAAGAAUGUUUGGUCGACACUCGUCAAGCCAAGGCCUGGGAAUGUUUCAUCAUGUCGUUGGUCUCUGUCUCUCAAAUGACACCUGAUUUCCUAAAUAGUGCACUACUUUAGGCCAGGGCUCUCCUAUAGGGGGAUCCUAAAUAGUGCACUACUUUAGGCCAGGGCUCUCCUAUGGGGGAUCCUAACAUAGGGAUUGGAGUGCAGUUUGGGAUGCAGAGUUGGUUUUUACACUACCGUUCGGGCCUCAUUCCCAAAUCGGCUCCUUGCCCGUAGUAGACGUUUGUGCAAAUCUGAGAGGAUUGUACAGGUAUUACCAAUAUGGUAAUCACCCCUGUGGCCUUCUAAGCUUCGGGUAAUUCGUGCCAUUUUUUGUUUACUUAGUGCAUACUAUCUAGGGGUCAUUUUGCUUACCUAGUGCACGCUAUCUAGGGGAUAGGGAUUGGUUUGGGACUGGACAGAAGUCUUUAAAAAAACAAAAUAUUUACGAAGAGCUUUAAAAAUGCCACAACUGCCUUUUUUAGCUUGUAACACUUUCAAGCAGCUCCCCCUCUUAUCUAUCUAAUGAAGCCGUAGCAUCAAACAGAAAAUCACUUGCGUCGCUAAGCUGAUAGCCCCACUACACUUAUAAAUGUAAUUCGCUAAAGCUUCAUUGGAAUUCAAUUGGCUAAGCUAAUGGCUAAUGCUACAAUGUAAUUCUAUGAGUGAAGCUAAGCUGAAGCUAAUGCUACUGUGUCGUUCUAUUUUAGUGAAGCUAACGCUAACGCUAAGCUACAAUGUAAGUCUGGUAGUGAAGCUAAGCUAAGCUACAAUGUAAGUCUGGUAGUGAAGCUAAUGCUAAUAUGUAAUUAAUGUCACUUGGCUCUACGGCUAAACUUAAUUGAAAUCACGAUGCCUUUAAAAAAAAAUAAAAAACACUCCCUAGCAAGAGACUGUUUUCUGUCUCACCACUGUCUGUCUUCUCACAAAGUAGCCUCUCUUUUUGUAGCUUAAGUGUUUCACACGUCACAUUUUUAGGUAGCCUAUCAGUCUGUGUUUUUUUUCUUCAUUUUUUUCAUUUUAGUUCAUCACGAAGGGAAUCAUUUUUCCUAUGUUCAGCGUACAACUACAAUGUUUUCCCUCCACUGUAGAAAAAAAAAAAGGUUAUUGAAACGAUUGCCAAAAAAUAUGUCCCAACUUUGUUGUGGGUCAGGUCGGUGGACCUGUUCACCUGUUGCUUAUCUGUCAUUGGUGCUGUACGACGUCGCAAGGGGAUGGUUGCUCUGUUACUAUGGGAACAGGCUAUGAUAACAUGUACUGUAACUGGCUCUAACUGAUUUUAUUCAAGUUGUAACAGUUUAAAUUUUUUUGGGACGUUUUUCGUCUUGGGUCAAUGCUCUUACGGCUGUUUUUUUUUGGUGUUAUUCAUUGAUUUAAAAAAAAAAAACACUGUGGAAGUUAUUUAGUUGGCAAUCGGUUCUCAAAUACAGGUCACCAGUUUUUGGACUUUCUUGGAAGAAAUUCUCUUUGUUCUGCUCUGCUUUUAAAUUGUGGUGCCUUUGCCUCCUCUUAACAAGUACGAGGAACAAUAUAACUGUUCUCAAAUCUGUGGUCCCCACUCAAACCCUAACCAGUAUAAGCUAACACAACUAUGAAACUGGCCUGGGAUCAUUUCUUACGUGGUGAUUAUUUUUUUUCCUCACUUCAUAUUGGUGUUGUGUCUCUUGGGUCGUUAUUCACUAGGAAACUAAAACGGAAUCCAACUCUGCAGGCAACGACCUGAACGUGUCUCAAUAAGAAACCUUUUGUUUUUCCCCAUUGCAAAACAUUCUGCGUGAUUUGCACUAAUGAAUACAACCCUGCCCCCCCAAAAACAGUUUUCCUCCCUUCCCUGUUACAGCUAAACCGCUCGUAUUGCCUUGGCUCACUCCAUAGGCUGAGCUAUCGCUGGUUCUGGUGUGUGAAGUGUGAAGGCAGGAUUUUGUUCCAGCUCUUAACAUACCUAAUUUAAUUUAGUCUAAUCGUGGUCAAUAAAUCAAUUCAAGACCAGGAGUAGUGGAUUCAUUUUCUUUUAACCUUUUAUUUAACUAGGCAAGUCAGUUAAGAACAAAUUCUUAUUUUCAAUGACAACCCACUGUUCCUAGGCCAACUGCCUGUUCAGGGGCAGAACGACAGAUUUGUACCUUGUCAGCUUGGGGGUUUGAACUUGCAACCUUCCGGUUACUAGUCCAAUGCUCUAACCACUAGGCUACCCUGCCGUGUUUGAGCUGGAUCGGGACAAAUACCUGCACACACACAACUCUUUUAAGACGAGAGUUGUGUUUCCCCCGGCCUUAUCUAUAGUCUAGAUGAACCUAACGCAGAAAUAGCCACCACUCUGUGGUUGUCUGGGUUGAAGACACUGAUCUGAUGCCCUAAUUCACACUAAAUGGAGGCUUGAACAGUUCAGCUCGGGUUUGGCCCGAUAGUUGUGAAUCAAGUGUUUGUUUGUUUUGCUUUCCUGAGAACUGAAACGAUAAACAAUACUCUUAACAUGCCAAAUGAAUCAACUUUCCCCCCGUUUUUAACUUUGUGUCUGCAAUCUGAACUGGGACCCUAUUCCAUAUACAGGUCAUUACCUACAGAGUCUAAUGUAUCACUAUGUAGGGAAUAGGUUGCCAGUUCAGACAAAGUCUGUGGUUUUCCUGCUUUUGGACCUCUUGAAAGCCAGCUUCUUCUUUUUUUUACACCACAUAAAGAAGGCAGAACAAAAUAAAUCAAAUGCAUUGAGUUUUUUAUUUUUUUUAAUAAAAUGUUUAUGUCUUCAGGCUCUCUUGGUUGAGCUCUGAAAAAAGGGCAGGUCUGACAGCAUUGGAGAAAGAAAAGGUCAAGAAAUAAAAGUUGGGAGUUGG